AUGGGUAAUGAAUAUCCUGUAUUUGAUAAAAAACAACCAAAUAAAUUAAGUGAGAGCGAAAUUGAAUCAUUUUUUGAAGUAGAUGAAAACAAUCAAUCAACACGGCAUAUACUUCGCUAUACUGAUCGUUAUACUGAUUUUGGAAAGUUGUAUUGUAUGUCAUGUGGUGAUGUUUUACUAUUUAUCGAAUCAGAUAAAGUUGAUGAUAAAGUUGAUGGUUAUGGGAAAAAAACAUGUGAUAUCUGCAAAAGCUUUACAUACUGCGCAACACACACCUAUGAAUUUCGAAGAGAUGACGUAUCAGAAUUAAGAGAUAAAUUAAAAACAGUUCAAUCAGAAUAUACCAUAGGGGAGGAUAUAUAA